UGUUAAGUGCUGGGCGUAGUAACUAGUAAAGGAGCAAGUUCAUUUAAAAGGACAUCUCUUUUCCCUAUUCUUUAUACUAUAUGUGAGAGCAACAUGAGCCUAGACUACAGCGAGAGCUGCAUAGAGGAGAUCCUGCUAACCGGGUUCACAAAGAAAAGGGACAAUAAUGUGUUUGAGGUCAGUGUCUACAGUGAUGGGGUUGAGCUCCAUUUGAUGAGACGUUAUUCUGACUUUGCAUCAUUUCAUAAAGCUUUGUUACUUCGCUGUAGGAGCUACCCUGACAUUGAGCUGCCUCGCUUUCCAAGUUUCCAGACAUUGUUUAGUAAGGUAGUUGGACACACAGGUUAUUAUAUACCAGAUAUUGACCAGCUCUCUGAUUACUGUAUGUCUCUGGUAGCUAAUCUCAACAUUCAGUUUGUUCACAGUUUCUUUGAUCCUGGUCACUUUGAUCUACACCUAAAGAGGAGGACUCUUUCAAGAUGUACUACAUUGAUGGACAUUGAUCAAAUGACAAAUAAUUCAAACAAGUACAUCGUUGUCGCCGACUAUCAAGAUGGUGUUUUUAAAAUUGAAGCUGGCGAAGUUGUACAUGUUUUAGGCAGUGACCAUGCUGGUUGGCAUUUGGUGAUGCAGAUGCUAAAAGGUGGGAAAAUGAAGUCUGGAUGGCUUCCUGAUCCUUACUUGCUAUGGAAGGAAGAUGGUGAUCCUUUAGUUGAGGAAAUACAUGCUUUCCUGCUAGAUCAAAGAAGUUAUGACAGUCAAAUGCCUUCUAGAUUCUCAGACAGUCCUGACGAUCUCCCACCUGACAGCAUGAAGUACAACACGUACAGACUAACCAGUGAUGCAACAAUGUACAACAUUAACUGCCAGUCUCUGUCACUGGAUAGAGGAAGUACUGUCAUUGUAAUUGAUAAAGAUGUGUCAGGUUGGUGGUAUGUAAGUUCUCCUAAUGGCGAUGGCUGGGUACCUUCCACAGUCUUAGAACCUAAGAGAGCAACACUUGACAGAGCUGAUUACGACUCUGUCUGGAUUCCAGAGCAGAACACACCUGAUUACAAGAGACCGGUUCCCUAUUACGUUGUUCAGGAUUAUUUUGCACGUCAGGGCGACGAGCUUUGCUGUGCAGCUGGUGAUAUUGUAGAGGUUCUGUACAAGUCAAACUCAGGCUGGUGGACUAUUAGGACUGAGGACAGCACUGGGCUGUUUCCAGCUGUCUAUCUAACAAGAGACAAAGACAAACCACCAGCUGUGUCGGGAGUAGGUACAGCUUAUAACAUUGGAUCUAACUCCUCUCUAGCUAAAGAGCCUCCACCAAGAAGGUACAAUUAACAUCAUCAUUUUUUUCUG